AUGAAAUUCCUUAUUGCAUUAUUAACAACUCUCGUCUGCGUCAAUGCCUACAGAGUACGUGUUGAUUCAAUUUCUUCGGCCUCCAGUGAGGAGCUCAUUAUUAGACCACCAGUUGUUGGCCAACCUCAACCAUCCAUUUUGCCCAAACCAAUCGUCGACUCUAUAUCCUCGGCGUCCAGUGAGGAGUUGAUUGUCUUACCACAUGGUGGACCACGUCAAAUACAGCUAACCGGUGUCGGCGUACUUGGAAAGCCCAUUCUGCAGGCCGUGAAGGUAAAGAGUCCACUAUAUGGUGCGCUUUUAGGCAACAAUCAUAUGCUUGCGCAAAUCUUUGCGCCACAAGAUGCCGCUGUGUAAAGUGUGACCAGACCCUGGACCGAGGAUCCGCUGUGAAACGUUAAAAGUGGCAUUCCUGAUUUUAAUUUUCAAUCUUCGA